AUGUGGAAACUUCAGUUAGAAGCUAGACAGUGGUUUGGGAAAGAGAAAAUGACAGCUGGGAUUAGGAUGACCUGGGAGACGGGCAAGAAAGAAAUGUCAGUGGUGAGAUUGGCAGGCCUUGACAGCUUUGAUACAGCUGGUGAGCGGGUGGUUGGUGUCAUGGAUGACAUACAGAUUUCCAGCUUGCUCAACCACAUCCAAAGGGAGGCAGAUCCAAGACUGCCCUGGCUGGGUCAUAACCUACCCUGUGGACAGGAUGGAACACGGUGGCUUAUCAAACCCACUAGAUUCAUUUGGAGUGGAGGAGAAGGGAAAGGGGAAGAAGAGGGGAAAACCGGCUGGAAAGACCCCAGCUGUAGCUCCCACAGCCCGCCUAGAGACAACAGGGAGGGACCAGUCUCUGGGCUCCUGGAGACACUGGCAGUCGGUACCACCCUUACUGUCUCCAUUAAUCACCAGUUUGCACUUGCCAUCUGGCCAGAUACCAGGGGACAGAACCCUGUUGCUUCAAGGGGCCCUAGGAGAGGUUUCUGA